CAGUUUGUGAACAUAACUUCUCUACAUUAAAGUGGAUUUAUGGAGAUUAUCGAACCAAAUUAAGUAUUUACAAAGUUGAAGCAAUGUGUAAAAUUCGUUCAUAUUAUAUUUCUAACUUGGAUAAAGAAUUAAAAUAUUAUGAAUUCAAUUCAAAUUUUAGAUCAGAUAUUAUUAAUGAACAAUCAGAAAGUUUAAGAAAUAUAAAUGUAGGAAAUAUGUCUUAUGAUCCAA